AUGGUUCUCAAAUCUACUUCGGCUAGUGAUAAUUCUGUAUACCAGGUCUCGGGUACAAAUUUCUCGAGAUCUUUGCCAGACUGGAUAGCGAAGAAACGGAAGAGGUCACUGAAGAAUGAUUUGGAAUUUCAAAACCGUGUGGAGCUGAUACAAGAUUUUGAAUUCAGCGAGGCCUCCAAUAAGAUUAAAUGUACACCAGACGGUCAGUUUGCUAUGGCCACAGGGACUUACAAGCCUCAGAUACAUCUUUACGAUUUUGCCAACUUAUCAUUGAAGUUUGAGAGGCAUACAGACGCCGAAAACGUUGACUUUCUAAUCCUAUCGGACGACUGGACAAAGUCUGUUCAUCUGCAAAACGAUAGAAGUAUACAAUUCCAGAACAAAGGAGGAAUUCACUACACCACAAGGAUACCAAAGUUUGGAAGAAGUCUGGCGUACAAUAAGGUCAACUGCGACCUUUACAUCGGCGCAAGCGGCGAUGAGCUGUACAGGCUGAAUUUGGAGCAAGGUAGAUUCCUGAAUCCUUUUAAGCUUGACUCAGAAGGUGUUAACCACGUUUCAGUAAAUGAUACUAAUGGCCUUGUUGCCGUAGGUACUGAAGAGAAUACAGUUGAGUUUUGGGACUCUCGAGCACGGUCUAGAGCCGCCAAACUUUCACUGGAAAACAGCUUCGAUAAUUCGCCGUUUCAGGUAACCGCGACAAGCUUCAGGAAGGACGGCUUGAACUUCGCCUGCGGGACGUCAACCGGAUAUUCUUAUCUCUACGAUCUGCGUACAUCACAACCGGUCAUCGUUAAAGACCAAGGCUAUGGGUUUGAAAUCAAAAAGCUUGUGUGGCUAGAUAAUACCGGUGCAGAGGGCAAUAACAACAACAUUCUAACUUGCGAUAAGAGAAUCGCCAAGAUCUGGGACAGGAAUAGUGGAAAAGCAUUCGCUUCAAUGGAGCCGAAUGUAGAUAUAAAUGAUAUCGAGCACAUACCUGGAACGGGCAUGUUUUUUACAGCCAAUGAGGGAAUCCCAAUGCAUACCUACUACAUUCCAAACCUGGGACCUGCCCCACAGUGGUGCUCAUUCUUGGAUUCUAUCACGGAGGAGUUAGAAGAAAAGCCAAGCGACUCUGUAUACUCCAAUUACAGAUUUAUCACGAGGGAAGACGUGAAGAAACUCGGCCUCGCCCAUUUAGUCGGUUCCAAAGUACUGCGGUCUUAUAUGCAUGGGUUUUUCAUCAAUAACGAGUUGUACGACAAGGUUUCCCUGAUUGCUAAUCCAAACUCAUAUAGAGACGAAAGAGAGAGGGAAAUCAGGCGUCGUAUCGAGAAGGAACGGGAAUCUAGAAUUCGCACUUCGGGUGCCGUUACCAAGCCCAAGGUCAAGAUCAAUAAAGAAUUGGUCGACAGAUUGUCGCAAAAGCGUGGUGGAAAAAUGGCCGACGACGUGGUUGUGGAUGAACGUUUCAAAGAGAUGUUCGAAGACGAAGAUUUCCAGGUGGAUGAACAUGAUUACGAUUACAAGCAGUUGAAUCCUGUCAAGUCUGCCAAAGAAACUGAAGAAGGUGCAGCCAAGCGUAUCAGAGCCCUCACAGCUGCUGAAGAGUCCGACGAGGAGAGAAUUGCCCUCAAAGAAGGCAGAGGUAAAUAUUCGGAUUCUGAGGCGGAUGACAGCGAGGACGAGGAUGAAGAUUCGGAGUCUGAAUCUCAAGCUUCAGCUCGUGAAAUGACUGAAAAGGAAAAGAAGAUGCUGGCCAAGAAAAUCGCCACCGCCCAAAAUCGUAAGCAAGAGCGUGAGCGUGCUACUAAGUUCAUGAACCAAAUGAGUGUGGGAACUGACGAUAAAUAUGAGGAAGACACGCGGGAUGGCGCUUUUGAUACGAAAGUUGCUGCACUUCGUGAAGAGGAGCAACACCGUGCGGCCAACACCGCUGUUGUUCGUCGUAAUCACCAAGGUGAAGCGGAGUUCAGUUAUGUUCCCUCCAAGCGUCCGUCUAAGAGUCACAAGAAGCCUGUUACUGCCCACGAUGACGACGAAGAAGACGGAUCUGAGGGGACUGCUAAGAAAGAUACUGGUCGUUCCAGAGCGCGUAUCCAUGGUAGAAGAGCCGGUAAGAAUGCGUUCAGAGGCAUGUGA